UCGAAAUCAUGCCAUCAUAAUUUGCGUGAGCCGCGAGAAAUUCGAUACUCCAUAAACCAUAAUCUCCCGCAGCCUUUCAUUCUAUUUUUCUGUUCUUUUGUCCUCUCUAAAGGCUUCUUCUUUAUUCGCUUCGUUUGUUUGUCUUGAAAUUUUUAAUAUUUUUGAUCUGAACAGAGGUAGAUAAUCGUUUUUUUUAUUACUGGUUGAUUCAGGAAUUUCAAGUUUUGAAUUGUGUUACUGAAUGAUCUAAUGGAAGGUGGGAAAAAGAAGUCUAGUAGUAGUAGUAGUAGUAGUAAAUCUUUAUUCUACGAAGCUCCUCUCGGUUACAGCAUUGAAGACGUCCGACCAAACGGCGGAAUCAAGAAGUUCCGAUCUGCUGCAUACUCCAACUUUGCUCGCAAGCCAUCCUGAUAAACUCAAGUGUGCCGUCUGACCACUGUUAGUGGUCAAUCAGCUGUUAUUUGCUUUAGUUAGUUUUAGAUUCUUUCUUCUACCGACCUCUUCCUCCUCUCUUUUCGUGGCUGAUUUCUUUACAACUGCAAUUUCCUCAAUUGGCGACUGUGUGUAUCCCUUGGUUGACAUUGCAAUGGCAGUGUCUGCAAUUGGAUUUGAGGGUUAUGAGAAGAGGCUUGAAAUUUCAUUCUUUGAGCCUGGCAUCUUUUCUGAUCCUGAAGGAAAGGGUCUUCGAUCAUUGUCGAAAGCCCAGUUGGAUGAGAUUCUUGGUCCAGCUGAGUGCACCAUAGUUUCUUCACUGUCAAACAAGCAUGUGGACUCCUAUGUCCUUUCUGAGUCUAGCCUCUUUGUCUAUCCUUACAAGAUCGUCAUCAAAACCUGUGGGACAACAAAGUUACUUCUUGCAAUCCCACCCAUCUUGAAGUUGGCUGGGAGUCUUUCUUUUGCUGUAAAAUCUGUAAGGUAUACUCGUGGGAGUUUUAUCUUCCCUGGUGCUCAGCCCUAUCCUCAUCGUAACUUCUCUGAAGAAGUUGCUAUCCUUGAUAGCUAUUUUGGUAAUUUCGGCGCUGGCAGUAAGGCUUAUGUAAUGGGUGGGCUCGAUAUACAGAAAUGGCAUGUGUACUCUGCAUCUGCAGAAUCAGUUACCACCAGUGGCCCUAUUUACACUGUAGAGAUGUGUUUGACUGGUCUGGACAGGGAAAUGGCUUCAGUUUUCUACAAAUACCAAUCAGUCUCGGCAGCUGUGAUGACCAUUAAUUCUGGCAUAAGGAAGAUCCUUCCAGAUUCUGAGAUAUGUGAUUUUGAGUUCGAUCCCUGUGGUUAUUCAAUGAAUGCAAUUGAAGGGGCUGCAAUUUCUACCAUUCAUGUUACACCAGAAGAUGGGUUUAGUUAUGCAAGCUUUGAAGCUGUGGGCUAUGAUCCGAAAGAUUUGAAUCUGAAGCACUUGGUCGAAAGGGUGUUGGUUUGCUUCAAACCAAAGGACUUUUCUGUAGCAGUGCAUGUUGACGUUGCUGGUCAAUCACUCGAGCACAGCUGUCAGCUGGAUUUUAAAGGAUACUUUUGCGGAGAGAGAAGCACUGAAGAGCUUGGAAUUAGUGGUUCCAUCAUGUACCAGAAAUUUAACAGCACUGUCAGCUGUGGUUCUCCUCGAUCAACUCUCAAAUGCUGCUGGAAAGAGGAAGAAGAGGAAGAAGAGUAGUUCAAUGGUUUAUUUCCUUUAAACUUUUCGUUGGUUCAAUCAAAUAAAUUGCUCCUCAGGCACUGCUGCCCUGUUAGAGCAUGGAGUAAUAAAACUUCAGUCUUUCAAUUACUACGCAGACAACAUGAACAUGUUAAUGUCAUCUGUAGGGCAGACAUUUCAUUAAGGUUUUAUUUAACUUCGUUUAUUUUUUGCAUGUCAA